AUGAACUCCUCUGGGAAUGAUAACUGGCACCCGGGCAGCCUGCCAUCGCACCCGGGAAUGGAUCAAGUGAACCAACAGCCCCGUCCUUUAGGAUCUUUUAGUCAGAACCCACCCCCUCAACAAGGUCCGUCGUCGCAGCCCGUUCUUCCACCAGCUGGCCCCUAUCAUCCGGCGAGCCAACCUGCAGGGCACUCGCUUCCUGGGCUGGCGGAGUUGAGCCAGGGUCAUGGUGGCGCACACCAACCUCCUGCAUAUGGCCAGCACCAUUCUGCUGCUUCCCAUAGCGCGGGUCAUUCGCUACCAGGUAUUGGACAAGCGAUGCAGCAUCCUUCUCCUCAAUCCAUCAACCGAGAGCGUGAGCUCGACUCAAGAGAGCGCGAGUUGAUCGAAAGACAGCGUCAAGAAGAAAUGGCCCACAGGGAACGUGAACAGCGUGAGCGUGAGCAGCUAGAACGGCAGCAGCUGGAGCGACAACGGGAACAGCAGCAUCAUCCAGUUCAGAGUCAUACGGGGUCGAUACCUUUACAUCAGCCUGUGGCGUCGAAAGUGCCAAACUCCAUACAUGGCCCGAAUGGGCUUUUGUCCAACUUGGGAUCAAACCCACCCAAUGGUACGCAGGGAUCUAUCCAGUCGUCUGGCGCUCCCGGACCCAUGUAUGGUCCUCAAAUUCCACAUGGGGAGGGAACUCCAAGGUCAUACAUGCAGCACCCUGGUGGACCACCGGGACAGCCUCUGCUGGCGUUCAAUGGGACCGGUCCUCAAAUUCCAGGGAAUGUUGCUGCCCUUGCCCAGGGUCAGCAGCCGAUCUUGAAUGAUGCACUCAGCUAUUUGGAUCAGGUUAAGGUCCGUUUCGUUGAUCAGCCAGAUGUAUAUAACCGUUUUCUUGACAUAAUGAAAGACUUCAAGAGUCAAGCCAUCGAUACACCCGGAGUCAUUCAACGCGUCUCUACACUUUUUAAUGGCCACCCCGCUCUCAUCCAGGGCUUUAAUACGUUCCUGCCUCCUGGCUAUAGAAUCGAGUGUGGGACAGAUGACAACCCGGACGUCAUCAGAGUGACAACACCGUCAGGCACGAACACUAUCAGUAUGCCCCCUCGCCCACGUCACUCAAUGGACUCCUCUGGUGAUCUGGGUCCGUCUGGCGGGAUGGCCCCUCAUGGACGUCCUGAGUUUUUUGACCAAUCUCGACCUGGCUGGCAGCAACAUCAACCCCAGCAGCAACAGGGUAGCCUCCCCGGCUCAUAUUCUCCUGGAUCUCGCAUAAUGGGUCCAGGUAUAUUUGGCCAGCAAGGUGGACAGGGCCAGCCCCAAGACCAUCAUUAUGAUUAUCCGACACAGCAGGAGCAGCAAGCCGCGGCGGGUGCGGCAGCCAUGGCUCAUGGACAAGACCAGCGUGGUGUGUCGCAACUUCAGGGUGCAGCUUCUGCAGCCUCUGCGGGUCUUGGCAGGCCUUCCCUAUUGCAAGUGUCCCCCGCUUCUGGACAAGGUCCCAACCUAACGCAGCCGAUGAGUAGCCUGGCCGGCGUCGGAACAGGCAUGCUUCAGGGCUCGUCGCCCGCUGAUCUAAAACGCGGACCUGUGGAGUUUAACCAUGCGAUCAGCUACGUCAACAAGAUCAAGAAUCGCUUCGCGAGUGCCCCUGAGAUCUAUAAGCAAUUUCUCGAGAUCUUACAGACAUACCAGCGCGAGUCAAAGCCUAUUCAAGAUGUCUACGCUCAAGUGACGCAGUUGUUCAAUACAGCCCCAGAUCUUUUGGAAGACUUCAAACAAUUUCUUCCCGAAUCUGCAGCUCACGCGAAGCAACAGGCGGCUGCGCGUCAAGCAGAGGAGGCAGCGCCUAUGAGUAAUGUACGUGGAGAGCCAGGCUACCCAAGCGCAAACGCUCUUCCAUCCCAAACUCCUAACCGUGACGUUAAAAUGCCACCUCUCGGCCAGUUCAACGUUAAGGACUCUGCUAAAGAAGGCAAGAAACGUCGAGGAGGACCCGGAGCUCCAUCAACACUAGGCCCUUCAAACUCGGGUCCUUCUGCAGGUGCUGAUACCGCACGAAUGGCUGAUGCCCAAGGAGGCCGACCACAGACAAUCCAGCCUGUAAAUGUCAACAAGAGAGCCAAGGUCCACCAUACAAAGCCAACCCAGGCAGAGGCCCCUGUAGUCUCUCCAACCCUCGUUCCCGCUCUUCCUGAGCCCAUUCAGCCGACGUUCUCACUUACACCCACUCAGGAGGAAUUUGCGUUUUUCGAUCGUGUCAAGAAAUACAUUGGCAACAAGCAGACUUUCAGCGAAUUCCUCAAACUCUGCAAUCUUUACUCAACUGAUCUCAUUGACCGGCACGUGCUUGUAAAACGAGCUGCUGGCUAUAUUGGCUCUAACCCCGAGCUCAUGGCAUGGUUCAAGCGUUUCAUGCAUGUUGAAGAGCCCGAGGAUAAAAUUGUCGAAUCCAAGCCGAAGCACGAACCCGGGGUUGUCAACCUUUCCCAUUGCCGCUCCUUGGGACCUAGUUAUCGCCUUCUUCCUAAGCGUGAGCGCCAGAAGCCUUGUAGCGGUCGUGACCAGUUGUGCUACAGCGUUUUGAAUGACGAAUGGGCUUCUCAUCCCACCUGGGCAUCUGAAGAUUCCGGCUUUGUGGCCCAUCGCAAGAAUCAAUACGAAGAUGCACUGCACCGUAUUGAAGAAGACAGACAUGACUAUGACCAUCACAUUGAGGCUUGCACUCGCACUAUCCAGCUGAUUGAACCGAUCGUUCAGCAAUUCCUGGUCAUGUCCGAAGCGGAGAGGGCUGCUUUCAAGCUUCCUCCUGGGCUCGGUGGUCAGAGCGAAGCAAUCUACCAGCGCGUGAUCAAGAAGAUCUAUGACAGACAGCUUGGUGACAAGAUCAUUCGCGAGAUGUUUGAUAGGCCUUGCCAUGUCCUCCCGAUCGUUUUGUUCCGCCUGAAGCAAAAGUGUGAGGAGUGGAAAGCUAGCCAGCGUGAAUGGGAUAAGAUUUGGCGCGAACAAAUGCAGAAGGCGUAUUGGCGUAGUCUUGACCACCAGGCUAUCGCCAGUAAAGGAACUGAUAAGAAGCUGUUUGUGGCGAAACACAUUCAGAAUGAAAUUCAAAACAAGUUUGAGGAGAGCAGGAAUCUACGCAAGAGCGGGUUCCAGGUUCCCAAACACCAGUUCGAGCUCACUUUCGAUGACCCGGCGGUCUUGAUCGAUGCUACUCACUUGCUUCUGACCUUCAUCGACCGCAACUCCGCUGGGUUUGGUGCUGACCCCCAGAAGGUUAUGACAUUCAUCAAGGACUUCAUCCCGGUCUUCUAUGGUAUGGACCGCGAUACUUUCCAUGUGUAUAUGAAUGAACUCUCCACGGGCACCUCCCCGACCGACGAGGCGGAUGAUGAGAGUCUUGUGGCAGAGGAAACCUCGACUCGAAGUCGCAAGGGACUCAAUGGCAAGAGAAUGGAUCUUCUCCGCGAUGUUCUAGAGCGUCGCAGCGAGAAAGCCAACCGGACCGAUAAAGAGAGUAGUACUCCUGCCAGCCGUGAUGGUACUCCAGAUGCAGCACUGGUCCCAUCGACGCCUGUUCCUGACCCCACUGAGACAUUCGACGUGGCGGAGCUGAAGUGGAUGGAGCAUCCAGGGCAGGGCAAUUUCAACUUGGCACGGGAAUACACCCUCAAUGAGUCCUACGAGAAGAAGCAACAUCACUUGUACGCCAACUUGAACAUCUACUGCUUCUUCCGCACGUUUGAGAUCCUCUACUCGCGCUUGCUUCGCAUCAAAUUGCACGAAAAGGAUGCUCAUGAGGAUGUGCGCCGUGCCCUUAUGGCCAAGCCCGCUCAGGAGCUUGGACUUAUCGACAAAGUGCCCACCGAUUUCUUCUAUGACUGCGACCCAAAGGCGAACCUGUAUACUCAGAUUGUCCGUAUGUGCGAGGAAGUAAUCAAAGGAGACAUGGAGUCCUCUCAUUUGGAGGAGACCCUUCGUCGCUACUACUUGCGGAGUGGCUAUCAGUUAUAUAACCUGGAAAAGAUGUUUGCCGGCAUCUCGAAGUUUGCCGGUUCCAUCUUCAACGGUGACUCGAAAGAUCGCAGUUCCGAUAUCAUCAAUAUUUUCUUCAAGGAACGGGACAGAGAAGAGACCACGCACAAUCAGGAGAUUCAGUAUCGUAAGCAAGUUGAACGUCUCGUUAAGGAUGGUGACAUCUACCGCAUUACCUACCAACCGAACACCAAGAAAACUACUGUGCAACUUUUGACCCCCGAGGACGCUACCUUGGAGAAUGAGGAGCUGAGUCAGGAAGCGCGUUGGUCAUACUAUGUCUCCGCUUACACCAUGCGUGAUCCCACAGAAGGCGUGCCAUUCUCACAGUUGCGCAUGCCAUUCCUCAAGCGGAACCUACCCCCCAAGCUUGAACAGGAAGAAGAAUAUAAUCGCUAUUACCGCCCACUUGUGCAUCAGGAUGGCCUCAUCAUCCGUAUCUGCGCCAACAGUUACCAUAUUCUGUACGAGCCUGGCAGCUACGAUUGGUGGUGGCGUCCAGCCGCUCCCCAAGAUGAGACGCCUGAGGAAAUUGCCAAAGAAGCGGCGGCGAUUAAGGAAAGACGUCGUGACCGGUUCACUGAGCGAUUUGUCAACAAUCCUACGUGGGCGCACGGACUCAGCAAGGACCAAGUGGAUGAGAUGAAUCAGCGCUUCCGGUCUUGGGUCAAAGGCACCGAACCCGAGAGUAGUGCUCCUCCUCCUGAGGCAUCUACUCCAGAGCAGAAGGAGGAGCAAGAAGAUACAGAAAUGGCUGACGCCGAGCAGAACGCUUCGGAUUCUAAUAAGGAGGAGUAG